GGGGGUAGCCGAUGGAGGCGGAAGCAACAUUUAGGAGUCCUCCGGCCUGCCGGCUUCGUCUUCGCUCGACUUUAGUGCACGGAACAUUACCCUACCUGUCAUGUCUUUCGACGGCUAUAGUGACCAGACGACCACAGUCGGAGGAGGUUUCCUUUCGGUUAUCCACGAUAUGGGCGACAAAGAAAAAGUUGGCAACACCAUCACCAUCCUUCCUAUCGUCUUCGCCUUCAUCAUACUUAGCGCCUACGGAGUGUUUUUUGGAUUCAUUACUGUCAAAACUGCUCUAUUUUAUUCGUUAAUUGUAACAAUUUCCACAGCUAUUGUGUUACGGUUAAAAAAGGAGAUAAAUAAAUCUUAGUACAUUAA